AUGUCCGAGGAUAUGUCCACUUCGGUAUGGCCAGCAACAACGACCAGUGCGACAAAUGACAUUACAUCUACAACAACUAAAUCAACAUCAGUCACAUCAGUUCCAAAGUCCCACGAUCAUAAAUACGGCAAAUUCUUUAGCAAAACCGCUGUAACAUUGCUGAUGUGCGGCUAUCUGAUUGGGGUAGGCUUGGUCGUGGCUUGGCAUAUCUACGAAACUGGAUGCAUUCAGCUGCCAAAGGGAAAAUGGCUCAAAUGCAAUGUGGCCAUGUUGGUGUUCCUGCUGCUCUCCUACAGCCGUAAUGUGCGCUGCAUUGUCACGUUGUGUAUACCCAUUUUGUGCAGCUCCAAGGGACGGUCCCUGUUGAUCGCAUCUGCUUUUCUGUUGGUCGCUACGGGACCGACGAUGAAUAUUCUGCGCAACGUAGACGUGCUCACCCGCAGCUUAUCCUGCGGCCAGAUGCAACUGAAGGAAGCGCUGGAAGAAAUGCUGGAGGUCAUGAAACAGCCGCUGGUAGCUAUUAAAAAAGCCGUCCAAGUAGCCAUGAAUAAUAUAAAGAAAAUUGUCAAAAGAGUCGAACUAUUAUUGUACCGUAUAAAGGAGCUGGUGCUGGUCGUUUUGAGCGGCAUCAAGGUCAUGUUCGAAUGGUUAAACAGCAUUGUUAGUUUCUGCAAUAAGGAGUUUGGCACACCCUUCGACCGUUGCAUGAAGAUCGCCGAUGAUGCGAUGAAGGACUGCAGAAUUUAUUCUCGCUUUAGAGCCAUAUACUUUAAAAUGAAAUACUUGCACAUACGCAGCUAUCAAAAUCACUAUCUCACCAAGGACAUUCUGGAGAUCGAUGAGCAGCGCAAGGGCACAGAGUUGGACCGACUAUUACCGCUAAAACGAAGUGAACGUCGCAAAUAUAUCUGGAUCUCAAGCUGUCGUCUGACGCGCCGCGAGAUUUUUAGGCUGAUGCGUUCCAUGCUAUUUCUUUUUAUUUCCAACAUACAGAUUUUCUGCAUCUGCUUCGCUGAUUAUUGCUUCUACUGGUUGUUGGCAAUGAUCACCUACUAUGGCAGCCAGCAGGCAAAUAUAGAGGUUCCGCCAUUCAUUACCGUUGAUGUGAAAGGCAGUGGGUAUGUGGCAGACAUAUUUCGUGGUAUCGUGGAAGCUUUCGAGCCGCUUAGUCAGAAAUAUAACAUCGAUGCCACGCCCUGCCUUCCGAUGCCGAAGCGUCCUAAUUUUAAGCGCUACAUGGAAAUCAGCGGAAUUUGUUUGCUGGCUUGGGUUUUUCUCUUUUGUGAGCCAUACGGGUUGCGGCUGCGGCAUAUUGUUAUGCGUCUGUAUUAUCCAGUUGAGGCGAAACAGCGAGCCGCUUGGUUGUACAAUGAAAUCCUCUUGAAGCGCAUGACAUUUUUGAAGCUGCUGAGGCGUAAAGCGCGCGCUAAGUUUAAAAACGAGCCCAGCGAGGAUCCCUAUACGUUUCUGGAUUGGAUUCGAGCAAAGACCAAUCGCUGCUUUCUCUGUCGUCUCAUAUUCGGUCAUCGUAAAGGUGACACCUGCAUUCUCUGCGGAUUCCGGCUAAAAGGAGACAAAGUGGAAUGCUCAACUCCCGGCUGCAAGGCGGUUUACUGCCAGAGCUGUUUUGACGAAUCCAGUCAAAUGUGCUGCAUAUGUAGGAAUCCUGUGGAGUACGGUGAUGGCAGCGACAUAUCGGAAGAAAAGGAUUCCUCUGAUGAUCCGGACGCUGUGCGUCAGCCGCACGAAAGCGAUCAAUACUGCAUUUGGGUGCCCUAAUACGCACCAAGCAUUCAAAGCCAACUGAAAACAAUUUCCACCAAAUUUACCCACUGACUAAGUUUUCUUUCUAAGUAUUAAAUGAAUUCAUUACCAUUUACAGCACACUUACUAUGGCAGACUGGCUGUUGGCUUCUUUUCGCAAAAUUCCGCAUAGCAAACCGAGUAUGGUCACAGCAGCAGAACAACAGUGGAAAGACAACCGAUUUUGGUUAACAUGCAGCUGCAAUAGAUACACUGCCACUUUGUUUGGUUUGGCAUAAGUUAUGCUGGCUGUAUUGCUUUCAUUCAACACCCCAAUCCAGGCUGUGUUGCCCAAAUAAGCGAACUAAGCAAACGGCCCCUCCUUGUCGCAAUUGGUUAGUGGCUGGACUUUCUGCGCUGCGCCGGGCUGCCGUAAAUGAAGCAAUGUGGUGGCACAGGCGGCGGCAGUCGCCUAUAUGCAGCAGGUACGAUGAUCGGUGAAAUCGGUGUAUCGCUGAUGUGAUCAACAUCGAAACUAGUAAAUGGACAAAUUGUGUGUUGUUUAUGGCGCAGCUGCGGUUGAACACAUCAAAUGUAUUAACACACGUAUGGCGAAUACUAUCAGUGGGAGCUUCUGCAGGCUUUUACAUCCAUAUUGUCGCUCGGGCUAGCAGCCAGGUAAGACAGUCGCUUCUGUGUGAGCACAGCAUUCUUUGGCGAAGCACCGAUCGACCGAAGCCGAAGCCACUGCACACCGCAUAGCGCGGCGUAAGACAUUUGAAAAUUGCUGACGAAUCGUAACUUUACUCCACCGUCUCGUCUGGAUGAUUGCGCGGGCAAAAAACGGCUGAGCUGUUGGCCAAAUGAAGUAGCGACAUAUUUUCAUAGCGUUUAGCGGGAGUGGCUGUCGUGAUGAUGAUGAUGAUGGUGAUGG